UGCAGCCUCAAGAAAAAGAGGAAAAUACAAACUAUAGAGGACUUAUUGAGGGAGCAGAUAGAAAAGCAGGAAUUUUAUAGUGGUGGAGAUGCAGGAAACAAUAAACCUCCCAAACAUGGUGGUGGCGGUGGUUUUGGUGAUUGGUAUAAUUCAAAAUUUUCCGAGUUCAGGGAUGAAUCAAUUCAAGUGAUUUUAGCCACCAUUGGCUUUUGUCUUUCUGUAUCUUUGCAUUGUUCGUGGCUACGAACUGACGUGGCUGAGUCUGGACUUCAUCAGAUACCUUUGUGGAGGACAGAGUAGUCGAAGGUUGAUGCGUGCCUUCUAUACAUGGGAAGAGUUCUGGAACAGAAUUCUCAGGAAAGAGAAGGCCGAGAUAACAAGAACGACAACAGAGGAAAAGCUGGUGGAGGAUGACUGGAUUGAAUGAGUUACUUAUUGCUACAAGCCACACACUCAAAUAUAUGCUCUUAAAAGAUACAAGUAAAAUACCUCGGCCUUUCUCUCUUCGUCACCCUCUGCAUUUUUAUCCGGAUCAAUUCCAAAAGCUCACCAGUCUCUCAAUGCCAAGGACAAGCUAUGUAGUUUUCUUGAGAGUCUAGUGUUCAAUCAUGUUUGUCUUCAUGGUUGCUAGAUUUUUGUAAGAGGUUUUGAAUUUGAAUGAAUGUUGCGAACAAUGUAAUGUGGACAAGUCAUAGGAUCUAUUCUCAACUUUUUAGUUGGGAGGAAUAGGAAAAACUAUGUUUUUUUUAUUGUAGAGGUAGUAUUUGUUUUUUCAAAAGAAAUUAAAAUUUGUUUUCGUUC